AUGGCCUUCCUCUCCCGACUAGAUCUUCAGGAGGGCCUCCAAACCCUCUCUGUUCUGCAGUGGAUCCCACUCUACGUAAUUAUGGGAGCUUUUUCCAUUAUCUCUUUAAUCUUUCUGGCGUUCACUAAGUUCUGGGCCCUGUCUGUGCUCGCCUUAGCCUGGCUCGCCUAUGAUUGGAAAACCCACAAUCAAGGUGGUAGGCGUUUAGCUUGGGUACGAACAUGGACCCUCUGGAAGUAUUUCCAAAAUUACUUCCCAAUAAAGCUGGUGAAGACUCAUGACCUCUCUCCCAAACACAACUAUAUCAUUGCCAACCACCCCCAUGGCAUUUUAUCUUUUGGGGUCUUCAUCAACUUUGCCACUGAGGCCACUGGCUUUGCUCAGACUUUCCCAGGCAUCACUCCUUCUCUAGGGACCUUGGAAGGGAUCUUCUGGUGGCCAAUUGUGCGAGACUAUGUGAUGUCAAUAGGUGUGUGCCCCGUGAGCAAGUUGGCCUUGAAAUAUUUGCUAACUCAGAAAGGCUCAGGCAAUGCCGUGGUUAUUGUGGUGGGUGGAGCUACUGAAGCCCUCAUGAGCCAGCCAGAAGUUUCUACCAUCUUCCUUAAACGGCGAAAAGGUUUUGUGAAGUUGGCACUGAAGACAGGAGCAUACCUUGUCCCUUCCUAUUCCUUUGGAGAGAAUGACGUUUACAAGCAAGAGAGAUUCCCUCAGGGCACAUUGAUAAAUUUCUUCCAAACAGCAUGCAAAAAAAUCUUGGGACUAAAUUUCUGUGUCUUCCAUGGCCGAGGCCUCACUCGAGAAUCCUGGGGCUUCCUGCCUUUCAAUCGGCCGAUUACCACUGUUGUUGGGGAACCCCUGCCAAUCCCCAAGAUUAAGAAUCCAGAUGAGAAGACAGUGGACAAAUACCACGCACUCUACAUCAGUGCCCUGCGCAAGUUGUUUGACCAGCACAAAGUUCAGUAUGGCCUUCCUGAGACCCAGAAUCUGACAAUCAUAUAA